GAGAAGCAAUCGUUUGUUAUUCCCGAAGCAAAGCAAACUGCAACGGCACGUUGUUGUGUGUCGAGUUUGAACAGAAAAACGUAGUAAACUGGUUCAAAAAGAAAGCAAUUUGUGGAUAUUGCGAUAGAAGAGUGAAAUUCCAGUUGGAAAGACUUUUUGUGAGAGACGCGUUACUGUAUUGAAAUUCCAGUGCAAAAAGCUAACGGUGCAUAAGGUGAUAGAACGUUCUGGAACAUAUCGACCGUGUAUUACGGUAGUGCGCAAGAACACCGUUAAGUAACAGCAAAACAAGAGCAACAGUAUCAGCCACGAUGGGGAAAGAUUUCUACAAAAUUCUCGGCGUUUCGAAAAGUGCCAGUGAUGACGAGAUUAAGAAGGCGUACCGCAAGCUUGCCCUGAAAUAUCACCCGGAUAAGAACAAAUCACCCCAGGCGGAGGAACGCUUCAAGGAGGUGGCCGAAGCGUACGAGGUGUUGUCGGAUAAGAAAAAGCGCGACAUCUACGACCAGUACGGCGAGGAAGGUCUCAAGGGUGGCGCUGGUGGUAUGCCUGGUGCGGGUCAGGGUGGACAGUUCCAGUACAACUUCCACGGUGAUCCGCGUGCCACGUUCGCACAGUUCUUCGGCACGAGCGACCCAUUCAGCGUAUUCUUCGGUACGGAUGGUGGUGGCAACAUCUUCCACCAGGAGAUGGAUGGCGAUCCGUUCGGGUUCGACGGACGGGGCAGCGUUGGCGGUUUCCCCAAUGGUGCCUUCCGUUCGCAGUCGUUUAACGUGCACGGGUCACCGCAGCGUAAGCAGAAACUGCAAGACCCAGCGAUCGAACACGAUUUAUACGUUUCGCUGGAGGACGUUAAUGCAGGUUGCCAGAAGAAGAUGAAGAUUUCGAAGAUGGUGAUGGGCCAGGAUGGGUCCGCACGGAAGGAAGAGAAAAUCCUAAGCAUCAACGUGAAACCGGGCUGGAAGGCGGGCACAAAGAUCACAUUUCCGCGCGAAGGUGACCAGAUUCCUGGCAAGGUCCCAGCCGACAUUGUGUUUAUCAUCCGCGACAAACCGCACCAGCACUUCAAGCGCGAAGGCAGCGAUAUCAAGUACACGGCGAAGGUAACGCUGCGGCAGGCACUGUGCGGAACGACGGUGAAUGUACCCACGUUAAGCGGUGAAAUGUUGACCAUCUCAACCGUGGGAGAAGUCGUGAAGCCACACACGGUCAAACGUCUGCAGAAUCGGGGGUUGCCAUUCCCGAAGGAACCCAGCCGGAAGGGUGAUCUGGUGGUAGGGUUUGACAUCCUUUUCCCCGAUAAGGUGUCCGCAAGCACGAGAGAAAUCCUAGCGGAUCUGUUCCCAAUGUAAGGUGUGGACCAAAAAGAAAUAGGAGCAACUCAACGACCCUUAAAAACGGUACGCAUCCGCUCGGUCUAACAUCAUCCAACAAGGUUAAAUGCAUCAUCAUCAUCAUCAUCAUUCUCGAACGUUCCAACACGUUCGGCACGUUCGGGAAGAAAGUGACGAGUUUCGAAUGUGGCAUGCGAACGAAAAGAUUCAACGAACACAACAGGUGUAAUCGCAGUCACUCGCGGAUGCAUUAGCGGAUGGCGCGCAACAAAAAUCGCUGUGCCACCCCAUAGCUCACAGGAGCGAAGGUUCUAGUAGCCAGCAAAACCUUCAGAUAGUGCACGUUUGAAGACGGUCUACGUGACAAACUGUGCGUGAGCAAAAUAAAGUGAAUCAAAAUGUGGACGGACAUCGUAUGGGUCGCCAGCUGGAAUGCAUCACAGUUGAAGGGUGAGGAAUCAUCUCGAUCAAUCCCUCCUCCGCCUUCUGCUGUUGCCCCUACACCUAUACGCGCCAUCCCAAUGUCUACUACGUCGUUAAGAUACACGGCAACGGAACCGAUGUGCAAAGUGUAUCACUUAACGGAUGUGUACGUGUAAUAUGUGCGCGCGCGCGUGUGUGUAGGGAAGUGUAUUUUAGCGCCCUCUAUUGGCAUACCAUAGCAACGAUAACCAGACAGGGGAGCAUUUUUGCCGUAACGAAGAUUCUAGAAGAAAAUGUGCGCGGAUCGCGUAGUACUGUUUAAAUAGCCAGUCAUCAUCUCAUCCACAUUCGGGUGGCGCGUGUACUGCCGUAUGAGGCGCAUCGUUUAGAUUCCAAAGAGAGGGAAAACUACAUUGGGGUAGUAGAAAAUCACUGACCGUAGGGCGCGAAGUUGGGGUGUGCCACCUACAACUCUCUAGCGAGUUGAACAGAGAAGGAAGUUAGAGAGAAAGCUAGCAUGUAAAUGUGUACCUUGUUUUAUGUUGAUAAUGUUUCAAAUCAGAACAGCCGGAGGAUAAGGGGUUCGCUGGACGAGGACGAGAAAAUGUGUCGCAAACACGUUGUAUAUAUUCAAUAGUAGUGCGGGGCUAUUUUAAGGGAGGGUUAAAUGCGUUAUUUAAGAAGCUCACUUUAGUUGACAUUUCGAGACAGGGAGGGAGGUCGAGUCGAGACAAGUAGGAAACUGCGAUUUUUGAUUUAUUCAAAUUAGGAAAAGCAAUCUGACCGGAUCGUUACUUUGCCAAAUUUAGUACACAGCAGCACCAUCCGCCGAGGGCCAAUGGGAGGAAUUAACGGUGUUAUUGUGGAUGCGUUUG